AUGCCUGAAGACCGAAGCCACAAACGGAGGAUCCUGCUUGUUGUGGGCGUGCUGUUCCAUCUGCUGUACCUAUGGUCCAUCUUUGACAUCUACUUUGUCAGUCCAUUGGUCCACGGAAUGAACCAUUUCGUCAGCACAAACAAUCCUCCAGCCAAGCGCCUAUUCCUCAUAGUUGGAGAUGGACAGCGUGCCGACAAGACACUGGCCAAAAUCCACAACCCAGAAACCGGGAAAAGCGAGUAUCUGGCGCCGUACCUCCGCUCACUAAUAGAGACUCAAGGCACGUACGGUAUCUCGCACACCAGAAUGCCUACCGAAUCGCGACCAGGCCAUGUGGCCAUGAUUGCGGGAUUUUACGAGGAUGUGAGUGCAGUCACGAAAGGCUGGAAGGAAAACCCUGUCGAUUUCGACUCUGUCUUCAACCAAUCGGCCCACACCUACUCUUUUGGCUCGCCAGACAUUCUGCCCAUGUUUGCUGCCGGAGCGUCUGAUCCCGGCAGAGUGGAUACCUGGAUGUAUGGACACGAGUUUGAGGAUUUCACAUCCUCGUCCAUUGAACUCGACAAGUUUGUGUUUGAACAUCUAGACCAGUUGUUCGACAAUUCCACGAAAGAUCCAGUUUUAGAUGCCCAGAUCCGACAGGACAAAAACGUGUUUUUCCUGCAUCUGCUGGGAACAGACACGGCCGGCCACAGCUACAGACCGUACUCCAAAGAGUACUACGACAAUAUCCGCUACACGGACGAGCAAAUCCGCAAGCUGGUGCCCAAGGUGAACAGCUUUUUUGGAGACGACAGGACUGCGUUUGUAUUCACGGCAGACCACGGAAUGAGCGAUUUCGGUUCUCACGGUGACGGACAUCCAGACAAUACACGCACACCGCUGAUUUGUUGGGGUGCGGGUUGCAAGAAACCGCUCUUUAUCGAUGCGUCCGAAAACGAGUAUCUCGCCAAAGAGCCACUCGAGAUGGAGACAUGGGGGCUGGAUAACAUCAAACGGCACGACGUGAAACAGGCAGACAUUGCCUCGCUGAUGUCGUUCCUUGUUGGUCUUAAUUAUCCUGCCAACUCCGUGGGCGAGCUUCCGAUCGAAUAUCUGGACGUUCCUGAGCUCGACAAGAUUAGAGGUCUUUAUCACAACGCGUUGAGCAUCCACGAGCAGUACCUAGUGAAGCUGCAGGAGGUGGAAAGCAACCAGUUCGACUUCAAGCCAUUUCCAGGCUUUGAAACCAAGCCGGGCCACGUGUACAAGGCCGAGAUUGAAAACCUGAUUGAGCAGGUUUCCGAGGGUGUCAUUGAGGCCGAGAAACCGGCCAUUGAGCUCAUAGAGGAGCUCAUUACGGUGUCUCUCCAGGGCCUCGACUAUCUCCAAAAAUACAACUGGUUGCUGCUGAGGAGUAUCGUGACCCUGGGCUUCGUUGGCUGGAUCGUCUACUCUUUCAUUAUUUUCUUGCAAUUGUACAUUGUGCCGAGCCAUCUCGACCACACUAUCCACAAUUCUGCCGGCUGGAUAGAGCGAAUCAGCAUCUACACAUUUUUUGGGUCGCUUGCGGCUGGCCUGGGCUACGUGCUCUUCUACCAGAACUCGCCUAUCAACUACUAUCUCUACACGGCUUUCCCUAUCUAUUUUUGGCAUAGCAUCGUGGAGCAGCGCCAGACACUGAUUGUUGGGCUCCGUGAAUUUUUCAAAGGGUACAAUAGAUGGUUUAUUGUGGUGGUGUUGGGAGCAAUCGUUGGGUAUUUUGAAUGCAUCACGAUAGGUUUCACGAAUCGGGGAAUUUUUGUGUUUAUGUUUGUGGUCCUGGGGGUUUAUCCAAUGGCUGUGGCGAGACUACCACUUUUACGAAGCCUGGCGUGGGUUACGACGUGCGGUAUCCUUUCCUUUUUCCCCGCGCAAAAUCCUGUGAAAACUGAAACCUUGGAGCUGAUUGUGGCGGGUGGAGUGCUGAUUCUUUUGAUCGGCGCAGCGGCCCUCUACCAGUUGCGCCUGCCCUCAUACACAGCCAACCUGGUGCUGGUUCAACUGGGACUGGUGGCUCUUGCCAUUGUGUCCACGUCUAAGGCAGUCGUGUCACUACAGCGCCGAGAAGGAUUACCUAAGGACGCGCAAGUUUUGGGGUGGCUCAAUUUGGGACUCUCGCUACUUGUGCUCCCGGUUUUGCACCAGCUGAGGCCGGAUCCGAGCUACAAGACACGGUUCCUGAUCAUUUUCCUGGCGUUUUCCCCGACGUUUGUGAUCCUCACAAUCUCGUUUGAGACGCUAUUUUACGUGCUGUUCUCGGCAAUGGUGUUCCAAUGGAUCGGAGUGGAAUCCGCGAUAUCCUCAAGAGUGUCAAAAUGGCCGCAGCUGCUUAGAGUGGCAAUCAUCGGAUUCUUCUUCCUACAGAUAGCAUUUUUCGGAACCGGAAAUAUUGCGUCGGUGUCGACUUUCUCGCUGGAUUCGGUGUACCGGCUGCUCCCGAUAUUUGAUCCCUUCCCAAUGGGCGCACUACUCAUGCUCAAGCUGAUUAUUCCUUACGUGAUUUUGAGCGUGGGACUCGGGCUGAUGAAUCUCAAGUUGCAUCUGAUAAUAUUCAGCAUUUCGUCAUUGAUCAUUUCGUUGAGCGAUUUGUUGUCGCUCAACUUUUUCUACUUGGUUAAGACCGAGGGAUCGUGGCUGGACAUCGGACUAACAAUCUCCAACUAUUGUCUCGCAAUAUUGAAUUCGCUCUUCAUUUUGUUGCUCGAGCUAUUAUCCAACAUUUUGCUCGCUAAAACCGAGCUGGUGAAAUCGGGCCACCACACCACGGAGAGAUCGAAAAUUGACCUGGCAAUCGACUCGCCCGAGUACAGAUCGAUUCUGCGUGAGGUCGAGCGCGUCGAGUCCCUAGGAGGCUCAAUUGCUACAAGGGUUAAGCGCAGAUCAACAAAAACCUAG